GACGCAUCAGGGCAGAUCUAAAGAAAGAAGCCCCUCGCUCUGCCUCCUUGUCUCUCCCAACUGAGCGCAGCCAGAGGCAGAGCACACACACAGCACAGGCAGAGCACACACACAGGCAGAGCACAGGCUCCCUCCUUAGCAUGCAGAGCACAAUCCAGCGCUGCAGCCAGAGCACUGAGGCUGCCUGACACCAGCAGGGCACCAGAGCAGGUCACACAGUAGGCAGGGAAAGAACCAUCUCUCAUGCCCACAAUUUCUGUCCUCCUUGAGCUUUGCCUGUCCAUGCAGCAGUGGAAUAUUAUGGAUUUGGGACUUACAGAGGGGGCUGCAUUUAAAUCUCCUUGAUGUGAAAAAUAUAUAUUGGUUUUGGAUUUCUGCUCCCUCUUGGAAUUAACAGGAUUUUCCUUGGUCUCUCCUUGGCUAAUUACCUGUAACACCAGCUCUCAGGGAAUUGUCUGGCCCUGCCUGUGAUCCUCUAUCAUGGAACAAUGUAGGAAUAUGUUACUUCUCUUUCUCUUUGUAUGUGUCCAUGUGUGCAUGGGAUCUACAACUCCCGGGGACACCAACAGGCAGCCUCUAGUCCAGCCAACUGAGGCCCCCACCGUGGGACCCACAGAUCCAAGCAACAGCAUCUUGGAGGAUGAGUCUGAGAACCAGGAGAACAUUUUAUCCCAGCUGCUGGGUGACUACGAUAAGGUGAAGGCCAUAUCGGAGGGAUCCGACUGCAAGUGCAAAUGUGUGGUGAAACCCAUAAACAGAGACUCCUGUCAAAGCAUAAGCAAUGGGCAGUCCAAGCCAGAAGAUUUUUAUACAGUGGAAACCAUUACGUCAGGACCUAACUGCAAGUGUGCAUGCGUGGCGCCCCCUUCUGCCCUCAAUCCCUGUGAGGGUGACUUCCGCCUGAAGAAACUUCGAGAAACUGAGAAAAAUGGCUUCAAGUUGGCAACAAUUAUAGAGAUGCUGGAAGGAGCCUUUUAUGGACUGGAUCUGUUAAAACUACACACAGUCACCACCAAAAUCACUGGUCGUGUACAAAAGCUUGAAGAGGUGGUUUCCAAGAACCUCACUAAAGAACAAGAGCAAAUUAAGGGCAGUGUGGAUGAAAUCCUGACUGAGAUGCACAAGAAAGAAAAAGAGAAUUGCACUACAGGCAGCCAAGAUGGCAGUUCCCUACAGGACCUCUCUGAGAUUGGCAAGAGCCUACAAAGGGAUGCGGCCGCCGCCUAUUCUCAUAAACACGACAAAUAUGAAGAAAGGUUUCUUAGAGAUGAACAAGCACAAGUAAUGAGUCCAAGGGCCCCAGCUCCGCCUCAGCAAGUUAAGAGAAGGCCACUUUCUCAAAGGCAAAUUCAAGUGAGACCCAGACCAGCCCCAAAGCCGUCAGUCAUCCGAGGGGUCACAUUUUACAAGGCAAAAGUCACAGAUGAUGACAGCGAUUUGGAAGACCAACAGGAUGAACUUUUCAGUGGAGAUAAUGCAAUAGAUAUGUUAAUUGAAGAUCAGCUGAUAAAGCACAAAAUCCAGUACCCUAGCACCACUGAAGAGCCAGCUUCUUCCAGGGGACCCCUAACCUCAGACUAUGCUGAAGGACUACAGACAACUCAUUUAGGACCAUCCACUGCUGAACCUACUGGAACUUUAUCAGUUAUUAAUUAUAGCUCAGAACCUGCCCUUACAACUGACAUUCUGCCAACAACUACUGAACAAGUCACUACUGAGCCACCAGUAAUUACAGAACAAGCUACAACAACGCAGUUGCCAAUAUUUACCACCACAGUGGCUACAACAGCUGUUUUGACAACAGAGGCCACUGAAGGACAGACUGUCGCUUUCCCUACUCCAAAGACUCCGACCCCUCCUGCUCAUCCAGUGGUUACAGUCUCUCCACUGGGAUCUGAUGUUCCCACAACCAGUUCAAAGAUAAAAAACACAGCAAACCAAAGCACGGAUGAUAGCAAAGGAGAGGAAGAUGAUCUCCGAAAGGUUAUUGGGCGAUGUAAGGACACUUUGUCUACCAUCUCCGGCCCCACAACCCAGAACACCUACGGGCGCAAUGAAGGAGCAUGGAUGAAAGACCCCUUGGCAAAGGAUGAGAAAAUUUACGUCACCAACUACUAUUAUGGAAACACCCUUGUUGAGUUCCGAAACCUUGAAAAUUUUAAGCAAGGUCGCUGGAGUAAUUCUUACAAGCUCCCAUACAGCUGGAUAGGUACAGGCCACGUGGUGUACAAUGGUUCUUUCUAUUACAACAGAGCUUUCACUCGCAAUAUUAUUAAGUAUGACUUGAAACACAGAUAUGUAGCAGCCUGGUCAAUGCUUCACGAUGUUGUUUAUGAAGAAUCCACUCCAUGGCGGUGGAGAGGUCACUCAGACAUAGACUUUGCUGUGGAUGAGAAUGGCUUAUGGGUUAUCUAUCCUGCUAUUGAUGAUGAAGGGUUUCAACAAGAAGUCAUUGUGUUAAGCAAAUUAAAUUCAGUGGACCUCACGACACAGAAAGAAACCACAUGGCGGACUGGCCUUAGAAAGGACUUUUAUGGCAACUGCUUUGUCAUUUGUGGGGUUCUUUAUGCAGUUGACAGCUACAACAAGAAGAAUGCCAACAUCUCCUAUGCUUUUGACACACAUACAAAUACUCAGAUUGUUCCAAGAUUGCUUUUUGUGAAUGAAUACUCCUAUACUACACAAAUCGAUUACAACCCAAAGGAUCGUCUCUUAUACACCUGGGACAAUGGCCAUCAAGUCACCUACGAUGUGAUCUUUGCAUACUAAGAAAAUAUCCAGAUACUUUGCCAGUAACACAAGGGCAUUCCAUCUAUUGACUCUGGCUUUUUCACUAAAGAGACAAACUUGAAAAUUUUCCACUGGGUAUUUGAAUAUAACUGAAUCUAAAAAUUGUGAACUUUUUUUACUACGGGACAUUUGCACAUUCCUAUAUAUAUAUAUAUAUGUAUAAAUCAGCUGAAUUUAGUAGCCAUUAUCUAGCAUAGCAUUCUGAAAGCUAUUACUGAACAUGCCACUAAGCAAUGAAACGCAAAGUGUAGUUAUUGUAUUACACUAACCAUAAAAAUUCCCAGGUACUGUACAUGAAAACACCUCUCUAUUCUACAUAUAGGAACCAGAUGACUAUUAUAUAUAUGCACAGAGUGCCACUUGUUAUACAUUUAAGUUAGAAAACAUAUUUUAGAAUGUCAAAAAUGAUCCCCAAAAAUAUAGCAGACAGCAAACCAUUGGCUAAUAAGUGGGUGACGUGUCACACAGUCAUUCAGUAUUCAAUAUACUGUAUUGGUGUGAUAGUGCAAGUCCUAAAAAAAAUUGGGGUCCAAUUUUCAGGCUAAAGUUUGCCAAAUGCCUAUGUUAAACAGUCAGGAUGUAAAUGGGCCCACUAUGGUUAAGUAGCAUGAUAAACUGCACCAACCUGCUCUAUAUAUCCUGUAGGUGCCCAUGACUCCAUAUUGGACUAAUGUGAGCCAAUAUAGGAAUAGCUUGAAAUUCUGGCUCAUAUAGAAACUAAUCAGUGCAGUGUGUUUGUUAAAGGGCAGACCAACUGCAAGCUCAGGAUUGGACUGGCUCACCAGGGUACUGGGAGAAAUCCCAGUUGGCAAUGGUACUGAUGGGCCCCAUCAUCAGGAAGGUGGCGUUAAGUGGUAGUGGGAUUGAUGUUGGGUGGUGAUGUGUGGCAGAUGGUGGGGGGAGUAUUUGGCAGUGUCUCGGGAAGAAGGGCCCUGUGUACCCCAGUCGGACAAUGAGCAAGCCUCAGGGGGGAUUAACUGUUAAUUUACCUAUAAUUCAGCAUAGGGUGGUCAGUCAGGACUGAAUCACUGCCUCACCUGUACUUGAGAUGAGAUGUAUUUUAAAUCUUGGUAUUUAAGGCAAAGAGUGGAAAAGCUGGUCUUUAUGACAAUUUGUGUAUGAAUAAUUGUCCCAUGUAACAUUCAUUUAUACUUGAAAUAGACAAUUAAGCAAAAGCACAUAUGGAAAAGGCAUUCCCAAGUUAUAUCCACUUUCAGCACAGAAGAGGUAGACAGAAUGUUAUGGUCGUUUUGUGCCCUGUAUUGCUUUGACAUAAUGCAGGAUCAUUAUCCAGCUCCUAUAAAAGUUAUAUUCGGAGAAUUUAAUUUCAUAUCAGCGACGACCUGCCAUUGUUUGGCACGAUUCACACAUUAUGCAUAAAGUUUCACUUUAAUUGAUCUAUCAGGAACCAGAUGAUUAUAAUGUAUAUAAAGAAUCUAUUCUGGCACAGAGUGCCAUAUAUUAUACACUAAAAUUGCCAAGCAUAUUUUAGAUUAUCAAAAAUGAUUCAUUUCCCUCUGACGUUUGCAGAUCCUUUAAAAUAUACAAGGUGCCAAUAUGUUCAUGGGUGCACCUAAUAAUUCACUAUUCACUGGACUGGAAUGACAGUAACAAACAUAACAUCGGGAUAUAGGUUUUCUUUUAAUUUGCACAAUAAAUUAUAUUUAUAAUUCAGAAUUACCACAAAUACCAUUAAAAUCCCAGUAAAACACAGUACAAGAUUCUAGGGAUAUCACUUAAGCAGAAGAGCUUCCACACAGUAUAAAUCCAGAAAUCCCAGUCCUUUUUCAAGAUGUAGACAUGGUCAAAUCCUAGGUAUUUGGCUAAACCCUUAGUGGGAGGUUUAUCAAAACUUAAUGUAAAAAAUUCUAAAAUGUAAAAUUUUAAUUCUUUCAAAUUUUUUCACUAAACCUAACAUGUUGUGCAUUGGCUUAACUAGGUGGCACCAGGCCCAGACUGGCAAUCUGUAGAUUCUGGCAAAUGCCAGAGGGGCUGCUGUGAGAUGCCUUCGACAGUCACCAUUUAUUUGGGCCUCUGUGUGCUUGAAAUGCCAGGGCCUAUUUUGAAUCCCAGACCUGCUGGGGCACUUAUCCUUGGAGGGGCUGGCACACAGCGACUUCUACCCUCCCAUGUCUUGCAGGUAGAAGAGUGGAUUUCUCUACAAAUCUAGAGGAAGCAGAUGCCAUGUUUGGGGCCCCCUGUGGGAUCUGCUUCUCUCUAGUUACGCCAGUGGCCCAUUUUUUUUUUGUUCUCUGGUACUUAUUUUUUGUUUGAAUUUUCUUAAGCAACGGGCUGGAGAUAGAUGUUAGAAAGCUGAACAAUCAAACCCAGAUGUUCCCAUUGGUUAACAUGGAUUUUGGCAUAUAUAAGCUUCUCGUGUUUUCUGUUUAGCAAGAAGACACAAGGACAAUUCAUAGAUAGAGAAAACUUUUGUUCUGUGGGACAAAAACCUAUUUUUUCCCAUUAAGAAUAAAAAAAAAUUACUUUUGCUAAAUCUCCCUAAGGGCAAUUACUCUGAUGUUACAGAAAAGCUAGCAAACCAUGAUACUUUGCAUUUUGUGCUGAGACUGUAGUAGAAUUCCAUUUAGCACAUCUUUGAGAAACCUGUUCUUUUGCUGUGACAAUGAGCAGCACAUGGAGGGCAGUUUCAAGACAUGAUUUCAUUUUUAACCGCUGGCAGAUGAUGCGGAGAACUAAAAUGCCAACACUGAGAUGUGACUAACUAGUCAAAUAUCCAGCGCCAGCCAGUGAUUAAAACCUUUUCCCAAAGCAGAUGCUCAUUACCCCAUGUAGCCAUUCACUGUAUACAUAAAAGAUAUAAAUCGGCUCAUCACAACAACCUGAUGUCCCCCAGUUGCAUGCAACCACAAAACUGCCUAUGGCAAAGAGAAUCGAUAUCGUGGAGAUUUUUCCUUUCAUAAUAAAAACAAUGCUAUAAAAAGUAUGGCUUUAUAAAUUGGCCAAUAUUUAUAUAAUGCUCACAUUAAUAAGCUGACAAGUGGCUAAAUAUCAUUUAACUCUCACUUGUCAAAAGAACUGGCUUGUUAGAAGGGUAAGAGUCAAUAAAUGAAAGGGGAGUAUUAUUCAUAUAGGUAUCCAUCUUUAUAUGUUAUCAAUUAAGAACCCAGAUAGUUCUUAUAAAAUGUAAUAAAACAACAAAGGAAUUCUAGAGCCCUACUGUGUAUGGGUUUCGAUUCAUGGUUAUAUACCUCACAAUGUAAAAUUCCCAGCUUUAAACCAAAAACCUUUACCCCAUUCGGAGUUAUAAACUGCAAUGGGACAACAGAAAGGAAUUCCGGAGCCCCACUGAGCAUUGGAGUUUGAUUUUCUUUUAUGUGCAGCAUAUUUUCAGCUUUGAACCAAAAACCUUGUAUGGCCUUUGGAUUUACAAAGGCAAAGUUAAUGCCACGCUAUUAAUCCAUUCCAGCCAAUCAAAAAUGUGCCUUUGUUAUUCUUACUGCAGUGAAAGCUAAGUGACAAUUGGUCGCUAUGGGUAACUAAAUCAGCACCAACUUUGUACAUAGCUCUAAAUCACCUCAAAUGCUCCUGUCUGUUUGCAGAGUGUCUGGAAGCCUAGAAGUCUAUUAUAUAUGAAAGAAUCUGUUAAAAACAGCUUAAGAAAAAUCUUUGCUCUCCUUGUUUUCCAUUCAUCAUACAAAAUGUGUCCAUACCUGAUCCAAGCCGUGCCUUGCUGGCUUCAUAAAUCUACAAACCACAAACCAGUCUCAGUUUAAACUUAGCAGGAAUAGAGGGUCCAAUUUCUUGUUGCUAAAGCUGAACAUUUUUUGAAAUAUCGAUCACAAACCUGUAAUAAAAACAGUGGCAGAGAUGUUCCAUUAGCACUUUCUAAUGUUGAUUUUGUACAAAUUGCAAAGCAAAUGUUUGUACUUUCUUUUUGUAUUCCUCAGUGGAUUGUGGAUCAAUCUGCAUCGUUGCUUGAACUGUAUGUUUGAUAUAGUCGGCUUCUUAUGUAUAAAAAUGUGACUUUGUAUUUGCUGGCA